AUGCACCCAUCUGUUUAUAGUCUACAGCUACAUCUUGAGAAUCAACAAGCUAUUAGUUUUUGCAAAUCUGACAAUCUCACUCAUCUGGUUAACAAUGACACCUCAGCAAAAUCAAUGUUGACUGAAUUUUUCUCUAAGAAUAAGGUAGAUGAAAAUGCACAAAGAUUAUUGUAUAAAGAAUAUCCUGAGCAUUAUGUUUGGAAUCAACGGGACAAAAUAUGGACUCUAAGAAAGAAACAAAGUGUGAUUGGUACAGUUGUUGCAGCAAAUCUAAUUGAAGGUGAAAGAUAUUAUUUGCGACUACUCUUAAAUCAUAUAAGGGGGCCAUCAUCAUUUGAAGACUUAAAACAAGUUGGUGGAAUUAUGGCAUCUACAUUUCGUGAAGCUGCUUCGUUACAUGGACUAUUAGAAGCAGACAACAGUUUAGAGAAAUGUUUAGAAGAAGCAUCUUCAUAUCAAAUGCCUUAUAGUUUAAGGCGUUUAUUUGCCACCAUAUUAGUCUACUGUAAUCCUAGCAAUCCUAGAGCAUUAUGGGAACAAUUCGAGGAGAGCAUGUCUGAAGAUUUCAAGAAGUCAAAGGGCCUUAUAACAACCCUUAGUGUAACAUCCCCAGCCCGUUAG